AUGGAAAUCACUGCUCAAAAAUAUAAUAAUGAGAAUAUAGUUAAUUAUUUACAGCAUUUUUAUAAUAACAAGGAAUCAUGGGCAAAAGCAUUUGUGCUAAAAUUAUUUACAGCAGGAAUAUUGUCGACAUCUCAGGUUGAAAGCUAUAAUUCAAAAAUUAAAAAGCUAAUUUUUAAUUCAAAUACAACAAUAUUAGAGCUUGUAGACAAAUUAACAGCAUACAUUCUUGAGGAAGAUAAAAAAACAGAGUAUACUUUAUUUCGUGCUUCAGUUCCUAAAACUGCCUUAGUUGCAACAGCUGAUACUAUUCUUCCAAAUAUUUGUAAAAUAUUGCGAAAGUAUUUAACUGUAGAAAUAUUAAAGAUUCAGGAGGAUCAGAUAAAACAAUUACUGCAAUAUCAUGCUAUAAUAGUAACACAAAGUGAAUUGCAAAGAUAUCGUGCAGUCAAUUUUAAUGAUCCUACUAUAUUUGAAAAUAAAAGUUAUACUGAUAUUAUUGCCAAAGCGAUUCUGAAUCUUGUUAAUAAGAAUAAUAUUGUUGAAAUUAAUGACUCAAAUCAUAAACCAUUUUUAAUUGCACAAAAAUUUGAGACAGAACAAUCAGUAACAAUAAGUUGUGAUAAUUUAGUCUCUUAUCUUAAUGCUUUAGUUCAAGAUACUACAGGCAUGGGUAAAGCAAGAGUAGCUUUAAUAGUGGCUGUUCAACGACAUAAUUACAAUUUUAUUACUAUUCUUGACAAAUAUUUGAAUAAUUGUCAAGAAGAAACAUCAUCUAAUAGUGAAAGUGAGAUAGAUUCUAAUAAUGAAGUUGAGUCUGAUAGUACAAUCAAAAAAGGAAUGUUAGAUCCAAAAGAAUUAGUAAAUCCUUGUAAACGUAAAAGAAAAGGACAGCCUAAGGGUACAGAUAGAAUGCGGCAUUCAGGUGAGCCACCAAAAAGAGCAAAGCGCAAAUUGCAUUGUAAAGUUUGUGGAGGUAUUGGCCAUAAUCGAGCAACUUGUUCUCAAAGACAAAAAUCAUAG